CUGAAUUGAAAAAUCUGGAUCAGCGAGCACCGUUUCGUAGUAUAUAUGAUUUUCCAUUAUAAAAAAAUAUCCGAGCGAAUGCACUUUUAUUGAUCGAACAGGUCUUUGGUGAUUCGAUGGAGCAGAAAAGUUGACUCUUACCGAAUAAAUCUUAUUUCACCAAAUAAAGCCUUCUCACGUAUAGUUAGCAAACAGUAGGUCUAUAUUUACAUCAGACACUGUAUACUCCGUGGGAUACGAGUUUUGAUAUUGAUGUAUUUCAUGGAUUUGACGCGUGAAGGCGAGUUCUCAGACCGGAUUUAGGACAAUUUGGAACAGACACUGUAUACUCCGUGGGAUACGAGUUUUGAUAUUGAUGUAUUUCAUGGAUUUGACGCGUGAAGGCGAGUUCUGAGACCGGAUUUAGGACAAUUUGGAAAAGAUCGGUGUGACACAAUCGAGGUUAUCAACUGGAAGCGUCGGGUUGUCAUCUCCGGCAAAGUAUCGUUCAGGAAUUCCCGAGGUUUGGCGCAAAGAUGUCCCAGUUCAAGUGGAGAUAUGACUGAUUACAGCACCAACAACAACAACCGAGGCAACAAGACAGGGUCCAGGAGACAAGAUGUCCUCAAAGAUCCUGACAGGAUUCCUCCAGAGGACAUUCUAUGUUGCUGUCCGCCCACCUGCGCUCCAUCCUGGCUACAAGGACUUGCCAACCCGAAGGUUUUCACAUUUCACAUGAUGGUAAUCACCUCAUUCGCAAUGAUGUCGUACGUCUACAUCGGCGCCGUCCUUACUACCAUCGAGCGCAACUUCCAGCUGGACAGCGCCCAAUCCGGUGCCAUCACCAUCGCUGCUGAUAUCGUCAGCACCCUCUUCGUCAUCCCCCUUAGUCACUAUGGCCAGAUGGGGCAUCGUCCCCGUUGGAUCGGAACAGGGAUGCUGGUGACGGCUGUGGGUACCAUGAUAUGUUCCUUCCCGCAUUUUCUCACGGAUCCCAUCGACCCGAAGGUCAUCCUGACCGGAUCUGUUGACGCAGUUGAAGAUUUAUGCAGUGCUGGUGAUGAAGGUCUGAACGUAUACGAAGCUUCACAGUCAUGGUCAAAUGCAUCGGAUGGUCAUUAUGGAGUCCAUCCCGAGGAAAGAUCUUCGAAGGGUGACCUAAGGAGUGUGUGGUGGAUCAUCUUCGGCCAGAUCAUAAGUGGUAUCGGGAACGCCCCUUUCGUCGCUCUUGUCAUUACCUACAUCGACGAUAGCGUCAAGAAACACAAUAUCACUGCUUACACAGCUGUUCUUUUCAUGGCGUUCACAUUUGGUCCUAGCUGUGGCUUCCUUUUCGCUGCCUUCACAACGCGCCUGUACGUCGACUUCGAUCGCGUGCCGAGUGACCAGAUUCCCCAGAUCAGCCAAAACGACCCCCGCUGGAUCGGAGCCUGGUGGCUUGGGUUUGUGAUCCUUAGCAUAAUCCUGGUGAUUCUCAGCAUUCCUAUCUUCUUCUAUCCCAGAACACUGCCCUCUGCGGUGAAAAAGUGGAAGGAAGAGAAAAAAGAAGCUGAGGCUGGUGAAGAAAACCAGUUAAAUCGCACGUCUAUUACUGUGGAUGAUGAAGGAGAGGAGGAGGACAAUGAUCUGCGGGAGAGAAGCGGGUCAAUAUACGCACAUCUCGAUGGAGGCAAUGCAGUAGAAACGGUUAUAAAAGGUCCACUUCUCGCAAUGAAACGUCUCGUCUGCAAUCCUACCAACAUGUGUCUCGUUGUUGAUGAAACGGCCUUCAUAUCACUCAUUGCCAUAUUCGCAGCUUUUGGGGUCAAGUACACCGAAACGCAAUUCUCACUUAGUCCCUCAGAAGCUGCGCUCGUUACAGCCAUAGUGCUAGGUCCGUCGAGCAUUUUCAGCAAUAUCUUCUCCGCGUACAUUUGUAGAAGAUUUAAAUUCAACUCCAAACAGUGUGGUCUUUUCGUCCUGGUGUGUGCCACGCUUGGUUUCAUACUCUACCCUAUGGGGAUGCUCCUGGGGUGUGACAAUGUUCCUACUGCGGGGGUGACCCACUCCUAUGACGGCGUACCAACCCACCCAGACGAUUCUUCUAUAAGCAACGGAUGUAAUAUGCAUUGCGCAUGCUCAGAUGAAGUCUUUCAACCUGUGUGUGGUUCAAAUGGUUUGACUUACAUUUCACCUUGCCAUGCAGGAUGUACGAAAGAACUCACUCUGGACUUCAAUGGGACCACAGCAAUGCCAAAUCCUUUUACCAAUGAAUAUAAUUACAGCGCCUGCAGCUGCAUUAGUAAUUCCAGUCUGACCAACAACUCGGCAACAAAUCUUUUCGGGUCACCAACUUCCCAUUCUGUUGAUGCUUCAGCCGGAAAGUGCCCCGACCCAACCUGUCAAGGGGCCAUCCCUAUUUCGAUUCUGCUUUCGGCUAUCUUCUUUCUACAAUCGGCUUCGUCCAACCCGAUGACGUAUAUAGCUCUAAGAUGUGUAAGAGAAGAGGAUCGAUCGAUGGCUAUCGCCUUGAGAUCAGUAUCGGCGCAUUUCCUUGGUUUCUUUCCCGCUCCGAUCUAUUUUGGCGCCAUUAUCAAUUCGGUAUGCAUCCACUGGCAGAUAACUGAUGGUGACAGAGGUUCUUGUUGGGAAUACGAUAACGGAAGUUACAGAAUGGCUUAUUUUGGUAGCGCCAUGGCGCUUCAGGGAGUGGCUUUGAUCUCGAUAAUCUGCAUGUAUUUCUCUAUCAAGGAAAAACUACGGAACAAAAAGGUCAAAAACGACGGUCGCUACGACAAUUUGGAGAAGAAAGAACGGAUGGCUAUUGUGGACUAGGAUGGAACCUCACAAUUUCACCUUGACCAUAGUCAUCAAGCCAGACUCUUCGGAUAUUAGAGUAGGACGUUUUCUCCUAAACUUGAUGUUCACUCAAGUUUGAUCUCACUCAAAUUCACUCAAAUUUGAUUUCAUGGCUGCUCACUAAUCGUGUGUAAAAUAAUGCGUAAUAUAACCUACGAAAAGUUUAACGAAAAGCCACCCGAGCUGACGCUGUUAAAAAUAAUUUAAACAACGCUGUUUACUAUGUGAAUCGCACGGUAGUUGUUUAAACAUUUUAAACAAGUGUUUCAAAUCUUAAACAACCAUGCUUGAAUUAUCGAUAGUGAAAUAUUUGAAUUUAAACCUUGUUGUUUAAGAUUUUAAAUGUUUAAACAACUACUGUGCGAUUCACAUAGUAAACAGCGUUGUUUAAAUUAUUUUUAACAGUGUGGGCUGCUCCAGAAAACUGUUUUAAGUAAGUAAUUCGCAGAUAACUCACAGUUAACGUAAAGGGUUCAAUGUCAUUGAGAUUUGUUAUAUUGAAGUAACAAAAUGUACAAUUUCUAUAACGAGCUGAUAAUGACAUAUCCCCUCUUUCGCUUUUCUUACGUUACUGCACGAAGUCAUGAUUAUAUCGUAUUUUUAUUUAUGUGUGUAUAUAACAGGUCUCCCUUAUAAGGAAAUGUGUUAAAUAAUUGAUUGUACUAGACAUUAAAUCAGUAGUCAAUCAUGUAUCUUUACAUUCCUUGGUUAUGUUGGGGGACAAAAUUUUAAUGAAUAUAAUAUCAUAGGAGAUGGCAUACUCAGCUCGCUCAUUGCAUAUUUAUGGGGACAUUCUUAUGAUAGGGUUGAAGUGGGGAAAUAGUUAACCUUCACCCAAUGGGGUCACGUGCCUUCUAGCAGUGGGAUUUUACAUCAUUUUUGGUCUUCUUAUUGUACUAACAGGCUGAAAGUAGAAAUGGUGCUCUCAGGUAUAUCUUAUUUUAAAUAACUACCGUGUGAGUAAACAAAACGUGACACCUCCCAAAUCCCCAUUAAAAAAAUAUGUCAUUAAAGCAUAAUCAUUAUGAAUAGAUGAAAAGAGUAUCUUCUCCCAAAUAAUUUGAAACCAUGUUUAUGUGGUAUGUCUUCACGUUUGGAUAAUCAGGAGGUAUAUUCUUUACCGUGACGUAGAUUUUGAUUUGCGGCAAAGUAAGGCAUGGCUGCAAUGAAUGAAUCCCAGAUGCCAAUGAUGUCACAACCAUACAUGAGUUAGUAAACAUCUUUGCAAAUCCCUUUUCAAUCCCUUUUCAAGUUUUUCUAAAACAAUUAUAAUGUAAAUUACUGAAAAAGUGUUUUGAAAUGCAUUUAAAUGCAACCCUUGUAGGAUUUUGACACCAUUGACCUCUGGAUUCAUUCAUUGCAUUAAUGCCUUAAUUUGGCUCAAAUCAAAAUAUACAUCACUGCAAAGAAUACCUCCUGAUCCGUAGCAUACACAGUAAAAAAAAAAUUAUACAACGCUGUUUACUAUAUGAACCUAACAGUUAAUGUUUAAACAGUUUAAACAAUUGUUUAAAUCUUAAACAACAAAGUUUAAUUUUCAAUGUCUAAUUUUCAAUAAAUUAAACAUGAUUGUUUAAACGGUUAAACAAAUACUGUAAGGUUCAUAUAGUAAACAGCGUUGUAUAAAAUCUUAAACAGCGUUUUUACUGUGUACGCAUGAUUUUUGAAGGGGGGGGGGGUUCAAGCUUAAUAAUGUUGACAAUUAGAUAGGCUGCAGAGCCCUUUGGAGAUUACAGCAGAUGAUGAUGAUGAAAAGUUCUACAACAUUUUAGGGGGGUUGGGUAUCAAAAAAUUGAAGGGGGCGGGGUUGAACAGCUGUAACCCCCCCCCCAUCUGCGUACGCUACUGCUCCUGAUCAUCCAAGCGUUAAUACAUUAUGGAAUCAAAUCAUCUGGGAGAAUAUACUCUUUCAGGCCAUUUAUAAUGAUUAUGUCUUCAUGAUAUAUUUUUCCUUAAAUUGGGGAUUUGUGAGGCGUAAAAUUUGUUUUGACUCACUCGGUAUAUGUAAAUCAUGAUUCAGAUAGCUUUUUGUAUUUUAUUAUCCUUUCUGCAUAUUUUGCCUUUUUUAAUAUUUCGUUCCCUCAACCCUUAUCCUUGCUUCCCAUUCCAGGUUGAAGGUUCCAAUUUGAUACCUUAUUCUUUUUAUCUGUUUAUACUCGUAAAUACAUCGUGCAUUAGUACACCUGUAAAUGAUUAAUGCCUCUCUCGCAUUUUAAUGUCAACUAAUAUUUGUUUGAUGUUCAAAUUUUAAUAAUGAUAUUAAUUGAUUGAUGUAUAGGUAUGUAAUAAUAAUAACGGUCUUUAUUGAUUCAUCAAAACAUUUCUUGCAGCCAAAUGCUGAAUUAAAAUGCUUUUACAUUGUUUGACAUGAAGACUACCUAAAGUAACUACACACAAAAAGGUUAAAUCAGUACACAAUAACAGUUUAACUCCAUUCAACUUUGCAAGCAUUAUGUAGCAUACUAUACGUCAUCUAUAGUAGAUAGCAUUUGAGAAACACAUAUAAUACCGGUAACCGACUUACAUGACUUUGGUCUGUUGGGCAGAAAUACAUGGAAUCAUUUCUUAUGAUUUAAGCCCAUGUACACUCAAAAACCUAAUUUAUACAAAAUAAUAGAGAGAAAUAAAAAAAAUGUUUUACCCGGGGUUUUACAAAGAUAAAGAAAAAUAUCAAAAUGUGAUGUAAAAUGAUAACGUUAAUACGUUGUGAUAUUUUAAGUUGAGUUCUUCUUUACGAAUCGUAUUAUGGGUUUAUUGUCAAUUGCUCUAAUGCCAAUUCGUCCAUUUAUCAACUCGUCUACUAUCAUUUGGUCUAUCAUCAGUUCGUCUACUAGCCACAUGGUCUAAUUGCCAUUUCGUCCGCUCACCAUUUCGUCUAAUAAUCAGUUGGUCCAAUAGCCAUAUAGUCCAUCAUUAUUUUGGUCUAAUAGGACUGACUGUUAAAGGGCGAAAUGAAUUAAAAUAAAAUGGACAUUAGACCAACUAGUUAUGAGACGACAUGGUCAUAGACGAACUGGUGAUUAGACGAAGUGAUGAUUGGACCAAAUGGUAACUAUAGCAAUAUUGUACGUAACCAUUUUAAUCUUAUAGUGUUUUAGUUUUUAUUGUGUACAGAAUGUAACCAUAUUGGGGUUUUUUCAAAGAUUUUUAUAAACAAUAAUAAUUUUAUACGAUUGGAAUCGUUAUACUGAAUUUAGUAAUAUGUAAAGAAUUCAAAUACUAUUUUUGUAAUAAUCUAAACAAGUAUUACAUAUAUUUUAUUGUAUUAAAUUAUAAUGAUUGACUAUAUGCAUGAAAUAUAAGAAUGUAGACUCUACUACUGAUACAGUACUUUGUGGUGUAAUUUGUUUCGACUCUCGACUUCCAUGAUAUUUACAAAGGUAAUCAAGGUAAUGUAUUUGCUCCGCUCUCAGUUUGAAUUAUUGGAAUUAAUCCAACAUUACACAGGGUUCCCACAGUCAUGGAAAAUCCUGGAAAAAUUUGUAGACAUGGAAAGUCAGGGAAAAGUCAGGGAAUUUGGAAAAUUUGUUAAAAGUCAUGGACAAGUCAUGGAAUUGCAUUUACCUCUUGGCUAUGGCAGCUUUCCAGUUUUUCGUGUCUCGCAACUUUCAUACUCUGUGAUCAUGCUCUGCUAUUAUAAUUGGUGUUCAUGAUUUCCAUUUUCCCAAUUUUGUGACAUCCCAAAUGCUACAUAACUCCCGGGAAAUCACGGAAAGGAGCAAUUUAGUCAUGGAUGAGUCAUGGAAUUCUGUUUUCAAUUUUCUGUGGGAUUCCUGAUUACAGGGGCCCGUAUUCUAAAGUCGGAUUAAAAUUAAACUCAGGUUUAAAGUUGUGGUUUAAGUAUGGGAAGCCAAAAGUAUCAAAAUUUGUAUUAAGUUGUACGUUUCUUAUGUUUACUGUGCUCUUUCCUAAUUCACCGAUGGUGAAGACAAUCAUCUAUUUAUACUUCCUAGAUAAUUAUGAAUGAUUUAAGAGCCAAAUGAGCUGAAAUAUGAUAUCUCUACUGUUAGUGAUUUAAUAUGUAACAAUUGGCUAUCCAUACUUAAACCACAACUUUAAACCUGAGUUUAACUUAAACCCGACUUCAGAAUACGGGCCAGUAAGAGUACAAAUCUAUUAUAUAAUGCAAAUUUGUGAUGUCUAUGAAUUUCAAAUCGAAUUUGUCGAUGCGAAUGUGGCCGUUGUUACACUGUAAAAAAAGUUUACCCAAUAUUGGGUGAAUGGGAACAUACAUGUUUGUUUGGUAAAAAUAUUCCAAAAAUUUUGUAAAUUUUACGCAAUGUUGCGUUAAAAUUUACCCUUCAAACAUGCAUUUUGCCCAAUAUUGAGGGAAACAAUUACUCAGCAAACAUGCAUGUUCCCUCUCUACCAAAUAUUGGGUAAUUUCUUACUCUCUGUUUUUAGAGUUUAAACAUAAUAAAGGACCAUCAAUCAUUUCGGAUCA